UGAGAUCCCAGCCCAUGUGCCUGGCUGACAUGACACCGGCACAUCCCAUCCCCAUUCCUGCUGCAGCUGUCCAUGUCACUGACACUGCCCAGGGCACACACAGGAUUCCAUGCAUGGAACUCCAUCACCAGGGCUCAGAGCACAUAAAAAGAAACAAUAUUUCCUUCACAGGAACUGGUCAUUGCCACCAUUAGCUCCUCCCUCUGUUAGUACUACCGGGCAACAUGGCUGCUGCUUCUUCCUCUGCAGCUCAGGAUGAACUCAAUCAGCUUGAACGUGUGUUUUUACGUCUCGGCCAUGCAGAAACAGAUGAGCAACUUCAGAGUAUCAUUUCUAAAUUCCUUCCUCCUGUUCUCCUCAAGCUGUCUAGCGCACAGGAGGGAGUACGGAAAAAGGUCAUGGAGUUACUUGUCCACUUGAACAAAAGAAUCAAGAGUCGUCCUAAGAUCCAGCUCCCCGUGGAAACCCUUCUAGUCCAGUAUCAAGAUCCUGCGGCUGUUUCUUUUGUGACUAAUUUUACAAUAAUUUAUAUAAAAAUGGGAUUCCCUCGGCUGCCAAUUGAAAAGCAGUGUGAGCUGGCACCAAGUCUCCUGACUGCAAUGGAAGGAAGACCCCAACCACAACAAGACAGCCUAAUGCACUUGCUGAUACCUGCCCUUUACCACAUGAAAUACCACAAUGAAUCGUCCAAAUCCUCCUCUCUUUUUAAUCUCGCCGAGAAACCAAAGAUUGUGCAUCAUCUUUUGGAUUUUAUGUUGGAUGUCCUUCUGAUGCCUUACGGAUAUGUGCUGAACGAACCUCAGAGUCGCCAAAGUACACCUUCUGGACAAGGAUCUUCUGCUACAAGCGGAGGCAGCGGUGUAGGAAUUCCUCAGCCUCCACCUGGUUUGAGCUUCUAUGCUGCCAAGCGUGUUGUGGGAGACACUCCAUGGACAGCAGAGCAGUUAGAACAGUGCAAGCUGGGUAUUGUGAAGUUUAUCGAAGCAGAGCAGGUGCCCGAGUUGGACUGUGUCAUACACCUUGUGAUUGCAUCCAGUGACACUAGACACAGUGUGGCUACUGCAGCAGACCUGGAGCUGAAAAGCAAACAGAGCUUGAUUGACUGGAAUGAUCCCAUCAUUAUAAACAAAAUGUUCAAGGUGUACUUGGGAGACAUACCGCUUAAAACAAAGGAGGGUAAUUUGCUAAAACCAGAGCUUAAGCGAGAUCCAGUGAGCACCCGAGUUAAAUUAAAGAUUGUUCCCCAUCUCCUGCGAUCCAGGCUGGCAGCAGAGUUGUUCCCACCUAACAUACAGGUUGUGUAUGACGGCCUUUUUGGGGGAAACACAAAUGCCAAAUUAAGGACCCUUUCUCUUCAGUUUGUGCACCACAUCUGUAGCAUGUGUCCUGACAGUAAAAUAAAACCACUAGGUCCAAUGCUGCUGAAUGGACUAACCAAGCUCAUCAAUGAAUACAAAGAGGAUCCAAAGUUGCUGUCUAUGGCAUAUUCAGCUGUUGGUAAGCUAUCAAGCCGGAUGCCUCAGUUAUUUACCAAGGACAUUGCCCUUGUGCAGCAAUUUUUUGAAGCCAUGCGCAAGGAGGAUACAGAUGUCAGACUUUCUAUCCAGGAAGCUUUGUCCAUGAUGGUAUCCGCUUACUCUAAUUUAGAAGGGGCCCAGCUGACCCUUAUGGAAGCUCUUGUUAGUUCAUACAUGAUAAAGCCAGAAGUUCAGGUUCGACAAGUUGCUGUGAAGUUUGCCAGUAAUGUUUUUGCUCCUGAUCACAUCCCAUCAAGAUAUUUGCUUUUGCUGUCAGCCGGAGAUUCGCGGGAAGAGGUACAUGGAGAAGCACAGAGAGCCCUCCGGACAUUCUCUGCAAGUGGUGAAAAGGAUGGAUCUUCUCCUAAACUUCCAUCCUUCCCAGUGAUGGUCCGUCAUAUCUCUGAAAAGGCUUCGAACCGGAUGAAAUCUCGUUCUAAAGUUGUGACCACAACGUCUGUGCUCCCCUUUAACCCUGCUACAUUUUUAGAGAUCAUCCUUUACCUGAGAAUGUGCCUGGCUCACAGUGCUGGGGUUACACCCACCUGCCAGUCAUUAGCAGAUAUGCAAGACCAGGCCCCAGCUCUUGGGCGUUAUAUCAGAGAGCUCAUGUCCAAUGAAUUUAUUGCUCUAGACUCCUCUUCUUCAAAGAAUGGUGACAUGAAUCCAGUGGAGAUGUACAUGAGCCUCGUCCAGCAACUAUUAUCUGCUGUGGGAGGUUUGUCAGUGAUGUAUUGCUUUCUGGAAGUAGUCUCUGUCUAUCCACAAAAGCUAUCUGCAAAAUUGGUGGAUUCCACUGACUGGAUAAAGACUCUGCUGAUUUCAAACAAGGAGGAGAUGCGAGAGCUGGCAGCUCAGUUGUAUGCGGUAGUAGUGUCUACAGUGUCUGGCCCGGAAUUAAAGUCUAAACUGCAAAGUCUGAUUAAGAGCGCUAAAGACAACCACAAUCCUGAGGCUCAGCAUGGAUCCCUGCUUGCCCUGGGCUAUCUGAUUGGAAGAUACUUGGCCAAAUCGUUUAAACAUAACAUAGAAAUGCAGGACUUGGAACAGUCUAAAUCCGCUCCUCUACCUGAUCAAAAUGAAAUGAUCCAAACCUGUGUUGAAACUAUUGGCUCGUUUCUGGAUAACCCAUCCCCACAGCUGUCAGUAGCGGCUAUUAUGGCUUUGGGGGAGAUUGGAAGGAAUGGGGUGCUUCCUAUUCCAGAUGAUGGAUCUGGUUUUACCAAGAAACAACUUGUGGAGAAUCUGUUGGCCAGGAUAACGUCUGGAAAGGAAAUAAACAAGGCCAAAGAACGAGCUAUAAGGACUCUGGGUUUUUUUACUGUUGGAGAUGGGAAUUUCCCUUAUCAAAGAAUGCUGCUUCAAGGACUAAUGGAAUCGGUUGAAGCAAAACAAAUAGAACUUCAGUUCACUGUAGGAGAAGCGAUUACAAAUGCUGCUGUUGGUACAAAAUCCUCUGCGGCUAGAGAUCUUUGGCUUGUCACAGAAGAAGAAUACCAUCCACGCACUGAUGUGAAGGUGAAUGAUGAAGUUCAAUGGGUUGUAGAUCAGAUUCUCAACAAGUACAUAGUGAGCAUCAAUCCGCACAUCCGUCAGGCUGCGUGCGUCUGGCUCCUUUCACUGGUGAAAAAACUGAAUGAACAUAAAGAAAUAAAGUCGAAACUUAAAGAGAUUCAAAGUGCCUUUAUAUCCGUUCUAUCCGAUAAUGAUGAACUUAGUCAAGAUGUUGCAUCGAAAGGUCUUGGGUUGGUAUAUGAACUGGGCAAUGAACAGGACCAACAGGAGCUGGUGUCUAUUCUUGUGGACACACUCAUGACUGGGAAAAGGGCCAAGCAUGAGGUUUCUGGAGACACAGAGUUGUUUCAAGGCACAUCUCUCGGAAAGACCCCGGAUGGACAGGGGUUGUCUACAUACAAAGAGCUGUGUGCAUUAGCCAGUGACCUCAGUCAGCCUGACCUUGUAUACAAGUUCAUGAACCUGGCAAAUCAUCAUGCAAUGUGGACAUCACGAAAGGGUGCAGCUUUUGGUUUUAAUGUGAUUGCUACCAAGGCCGGAGAGCAGCUCGCUCCAUUUCUACCCCAGCUAGUUCCGCGUCUCUAUCGUUACCAGUUUGACCCAAACACUGGAAUUCGCCAGGCUAUGACCAGCAUUUGGAAUGCAUUGGUCACUGACAAGACACUUGUAGAUAAAUAUUUACCGGAGAUUCUUCAAGACCUGAUCAAUAAUUUGACAAGCAAUCUUUGGAGGAUCCGUGAGUCAAGCUGUUUAGCUCUUAAUGACCUGCUCCGUGGCCGCCAACUGGAUGAUGUCGUUGAAACCCUUCCUGAGAUAUGGGAGACCUUAUUCAGAGUCCAGGAUGAUAUAAAGGAAUCUGUCCGGAAAGCCGCAGAAUUGGCCCUGAAAACAUUAAGCAAGGUGUGCAUUAGGAUGUGUGAGCCCAGCAGGGGAUCGGCGGGCCAAAAAAUAAUUGCUGUCCUUUUGCCAUGUCUCCUCGAUAAAGGAAUGAUGAGUUCAGUAACAGAAGUUAGGGCACUGAGCAUCAACACACUCGUUAAAAUUAGCAAAAGUGCCGGCGAGCUGUUGAAGCCUCAUACUCCAAAACUCAUCCCAGCUUUGCUAGAGGCCUUGAGUGUCCUGGAACCUCAGGUUCUCAACUAUUUGAGUCUGAGAGCUACAGAUCAAGAGAAGGCUGCAAUGGACAGUGCGAGACUGAGUGCUGCUAAAUCAUCACCAAUGAUGGAAACCAUAAACAUGUGCAUACAGCAUCUCGAUGUCCACGUCCUGGCAGAGCUGAUUCCAAGGCUGUGCGACUUGAUCAAAAGUGGGCUUGGUUUGGGAACUAAGGGUGGCUGUGCUAGUGUCGUCGUAUCCCUCACAACUCAGUGUCCUCAGGACUUGAUGCCUUACUCUGGUAAACUCAUGAGUGCUUUAUUAAAUGGACUUAGUGAUCGCAACAGUGUGGUACAGAAAUCGUAUGCCUUUGCAUUGGGCCAUUUAGUUCGGACAGCAAGGGAUAGCAGCACAGAAAAACUACUGCAGAAAUUAUGCACUUGGUAUAUGGAAAAAGAAGAAGCGCCACACAGGACCGGUUGCACGUUAACAGUUCAUGCUAUCAGCCGUUACAGUCCAGAUGUUUUAAAGAACCAUUCUGCAGUGGUUUUGCCACUGGCCUUUCUGGCUAUGCAUGAAGUUUCAGACGAAGAAAAAGGAGAGAAAGACGAUUCUAGUCUUUGGAAAGAAGUAUGGCAGGAAAAUGUGCCAGGGAGCAUCAGUGGUGGUAUUCGUUUGUACAUGAAGGAACUGAUUGCCAUUACCCAGAAAGCUUUGCAGUCUCCAUCUUGGAAAAUGAAGGCUCAGGGAGCAGCAGCCAUGGCAUCCAUUGCCAAGCAACAAACUGGCUCUCUGGUGCCUCCUCACUUGGGUAUGGUGGUUAGCGCACUCCUACUGGGUCUGCCUGGAAGAACGUGGGCUGGGAAGGAAGAGCUGUUAAAAGCUAUUGGGACCGUGGUUUCUACUUCUAGUGAGCAACUGCUGCAGCCCAACUCUGAGCAGCCCAGUGUGGAUGAUAUAGUGCAGGCCGUACUCAAGGAGUGUCGCAAGGAGAACAUCCGCUACAAGAUAAACGCUCUGAAGUGUGCCUCUGACGUGCUGGAGUCCACCAAGGUGGAUCAUUUCCAAGACAUGGCAGAAAUAAUAUUCCCUCUCAUAAAAAAGACCUCUAUGGAAACUGUAGGGGCUCGCUCUCCAAAAGAUGAUGAAGAUGAAAAUGAAAAGACAAAGGAGUUGCAGACGGAAUGUCUAUUGUGCGCCUUUUCUACUUUAGGAAAGACAUGGCCGAGAAAUCUUGAGACACAACGUCGCUACCGGAUGGAGGUGUGCAAGAUGAUGGUUGAACGGCUAAAACUCAGCACAUGGAAGGUGCAGCAUGGGGUCCUCCAGUCCAUGAAUGCAUACUUUCAAGGGUUAUUGCUUUUUGAAAAGGAACAUACAGACACUGAUGCUCUCACAGAAAUCCUUACAGAAACCUGCCCGGCGAUAGCACAUUCUUUAGAAAAUAAGAGUUAUUCCUCUGUCCGAACGGAAGCAAUGUUGGUUUUAGAACUACUUCUUAGGAAACUGGAAGAUAUAGAACAGUGGAAAUGUCUGACACUAGACAACAGAAACACACUCAUAGCUUCACUAUCCACAAUGGAAACAGACAGCAGGCCCGACUUGAAAGAAAAGGGGUUAUUGCUGAAGAAAAAGCUUGAGAACCUGAACUGAGAAAAUAAAAGAACCUAUGUGUACUUCAACAAUUUCACAAAUUCUGUAGCAUGCAUCAUUCCAUGCCCAAAAUAAAUAUCUCCAAUUAUGUUCUCAA